AUGUGUGCAGCCCUGCUGGGUCUAGCCUCGUAUUGCAUUCAAACAACAAGUGGCAUCUCUUACCCGAAAACACUGCCAUGCGAUGUUAGCGAGGUCAACAAUGGGACUGCGGUGAAAGUGGACUGUACCAAAAGAAGUCUCAAGGAAGUCCCCGUCGCCAUCCCAGGAGAGACUACCAAUCUGACUCUCACCAUAAACCAUAUUCCAACAUUGAACUCAACCUCUUUUCUGGGUCUGGACAACCUGACAGAGAUUGACAUGAGGUGCAAUUGUGUACCCAUAAAAAUCGGUCCAAAAGACAACGUGUGCACAAAGAGUGUGACCAUUCAGGAGAAUACCUUCACUGCACUGAGGAAUCUGCGGGCACUGUAUCUAGAUGGGAAUCAGCUUGACAGCAUUCCUAAAGGCUUGCCAUCAAACCUUGUCCUUUUGAGUUUGGAAGUGAAUCACAUUUUUUAUAUUUCUAAGGAAAACCUUUCUGAGAUCUACAAUGUUCAGUGGCUUUACCUGGGACAGAACUGCUAUUAUCGCAACCCCUGUAAUGUUUCCUAUGGUAUAGAAGAUGGUGCGUUCUUACAUUUGGAAAAUUUAACAUUACUGUCUCUUAAGUCAAACAACCUAUCCUUUAUUCCCUACAGAUUGCCUACAAGUUUAAGAGAGCUGUAUCUAUACAAUAACAAUGUUCAAAAGGUCUCAGAUGAAGAUUUUAAGAACUUGACAAACCUUGAGAUUUUAGAUAUAAGUGGAAAUUGCCCUCGAUGCUACAAUGCCCCUUUCCCAUGCACCCCAUGCCCAAAUAAUGCACAACUAAAAAUCAGUAAAGGAGCUUUUAAAAUGUUGACAAAAUUGAAAACAUUACGUUUGCACAGUAACUCACUAACCUGCGUGCUGCCUGAAUGGUUUACGAACACAAAGGACCUGAGAGUCCUUGACCUCUCAUCAAACUGUUUAGCCAGAGAUAUCGGGUUCACUACCUUUCCUGUGUUCCUACAAAAACUAGAAGAACUGGACCUGUCUUUUAACUAUGAGCUCCAGAGGUAUCCUCAAACUCUGAGACUGAGCGACAGUUUCUCCUCCCUGAAGUCUCUUAAAAUUCUCAGGCUAAAAGGCUAUGUGUUUCAGCAACUAAAGCCAGAGAGCAUCGCUCCCUUAAAACAUCUACCAAAUCUGGAGGUUUUAGAUCUGGGCACAAACUUUAUCAAAAUGGCAAACCUCAGCAUUUUGAUGGAGUUAAAAAGCUUUAAAAUAAUCAGUUUGUCUGAUAACAAAAUAUCAUCUCCCUCUGACGAUCAAAACAUGUUUGGUUUUACUGGGGGAGAGCCCAAGCUGUGGUCCCCCAUGUCAGCUGCUGAUCAGUUCCAAAACAAAGAAGUGAGAGAGAUUCAUUACUUCAGAUAUGAUGAAUAUGCUCGCAGCUGCCAAUACAAAGAUAAGGAACUUGGAAUCAUUACAUUAUUUGUCAAGAAGGAAUGUAGCAAAUUUGGCAAAACCUUGGAUGUAAGCAGAAACAACAUAUUUUUCUUGCAUUCAAGGUUUUUAAACCUGGAGGAGUUGAGGUGCCUCAAUCUGUCUGGAAACGCCAUGAGCCAAAGCCUGAAUGGAACUGAAUUUAGGAAUCUUUCUAAUUUACAGUACCUGGACUUCUCAUCAAAUCGCCUGGACUUGCUGUACUCCACUGCUUUUAAAGAGCUAAGCAAUCUGGUCAUCUUGGACAUCAGUAAAAAUAACCAUUAUUUUGAAUCAGAGGGCUUGACUCAUAUGCUUAAUUUCACUAAGAAUUUAAAAACACUCAAGAUACUGCUGAUGAAUCACAACAAGAUUUCUACUUCCACCAACACAGAAAUGGAAAGUGAAUCUUUAGAGAGGUUAGAGUUCAGAGGGAACAGGUUGGAUAUGCUGUGGAGAGAUGGGGACACAAGAUACAUCAACUAUUUCAAAAAGUUACUUAAUCUGAGAGUGCUUGACAUUUCUUCCAACAACCUUCGUUCAGUUCGACAAGAAGUCUUCAGUGGUCUGCCAGACAAGCUGUCUGAGCUUUACAUCAAAAAGAAUAAACUGAACUUUUUUGCAUGGGGGGAACUACAACUUCUCCGCUCUCUGAAAGUCUUAGACCUCAGUGGAAACUACCUAACCUCUGUUCCAAGGAUGCUGUCAAACUGUACCACAUCACUUGAGAAACUUGUUUUACAUGACAACAAAAUCCUAAAACUCACACCCAAUUUUCUCCAGGUUGCUUUUAGUUUAAAAUAUCUGGAUCUUAGCUUUAAUCUUAUAAAGCACAUUGAGCAAUCCAGCUUCCCAGAUGAUGUCAUUAAGCAGAUGGACAUGUUGCUUCUGCACAAAAACAGUUUCGUGUGCACGUGUAAUGCCUCUUGGUUCAUCACUUGGCUGAACAGGACCACAGUGACCAUCCCCCGACUGGGAAUAGACGUUAGCUGUGCUUCUCCAGGAGUGCAAAAAUAUCAUCUUGUGGUCGCUGUAGACCUGCAGGGCUGCCAACACCCCUUCCUGUCAAUCAUUCUCUACAUUCUCAUGACUUCCCUCCUCAUUUGCUUCCUUACUCUGUCCAUCUCUAGUCACCUCUUCCUGUGGGACGUCUGGUACAUUUAUCACUUCUGCAGGGCUAAGCUCAAAGGCUAUGGCCGCUUGUAUUCUCAGAGUGCCGUCUAUGACGCCUUUGUGAUGUAUGACAAAAAUGAUCCUGCAGUGUCAGAGUGGGUGAUAAAGGAGAUGUGCCAUCAUCUGGAGGAGCAUGGAGACCACCAAUUGACACUGUGUCUGGAGGAGCGAGACUGGGUCCCUGGUUGUCCCCUGAUUGACAACCUCUCACAGAGCAUCCACAAGAGCAAGAGGACUGUGUUCAUUGUUACCAAAAAAUACAUCAAAGGGGGUCAUUUCAGAACAGCCUUCUACAUGGCCCAUCAAAGACUAAUGGAUGAAAAAAAUGACGUUAUCGUGUUGAUUUUUUUAGAAAAUGUGUCUUGCAAUUCAAAGUAUCUGCGCUUACGAAAAAGACUGUACAAGCGGUCUGUGCUCGAGUGGCCGACAAACCCCCAGGCUCAACCAUACUUCUGGUUCAGCCUCAGGAGUGUAUUAGCCACUGAGGGCCACAAACAAUAUAGCAAUCUCUUUAAAGAGACACUCUGAAUGGAUGACAAUAUAUAGUUUUCAAAAAAGAAAGGCAAAUUGUGCUUGAUCAAAUGUUUCUUUUUUGUAACAAUGCUUCGUGGCAACAAAUCUUUAGAAAGCCUGAUAAUAGUUAUUUAAUAUGGUGCCACAUUUGCAUGAAAACUACAUUUCUCAGUUAAUUAGCAGAGUAGAGUGUGUGACAUGUGCCAAAUAACCUCUGCCAAUGACAAACACCUUAUUUUGCUUUUUACUUUUGUUUGGUGUCGCUUAUUAGAUUAAACGUCGGAGGUUUAAAGAAACAAGACAUUUUAGCAAUAUAGCCAUUUUACAAUUAAUAAAUAGAGUGUGGGAAACAGUACACAGCCACAACAGCAUGGCAUGACCCACUCCUGCUGGUCACCAGCUUGGU